AUUCCACCUUCGUUCUUCUCUCAUACAAUUGAUGCGAUAGAUGCCUCCGCAUGUGCCGCGCAAAAGGCGCACGCCUUCACCAGAAGCGCCUCCUGCGAAACGAAGAGAGACAGCCCGUGGCAAGAAAGCUCCUGUCGACAAGAAGCCAACAAAGGCGAAGAGUAAUGUCUUCGACGCAAUCGACACUCUUACGACGAAAGCGACUGCCGAAGAGGCCAAGAACUUCUUUGCAAGUGUCGGCAAAGGCGACAGCGACAGCGACAGCGACAGCGACAGCGACAACGAUGACGCCUCCUCAUCCGAAGACGACGACGACUUCGAAGAUGUGCCCAUGAAGGAAGCACCAAAAGAGCAGGAUGAAGAUGAUGACAUGGACUGGGAGAAUGCUAUUCCUGCUCAAGAAGACAAGGUCAACGACGACAGUGCUAUCCAAGAUGUCAACAUCUCUAUCAAUGAAGAUGGUAGUCUGCAAGCCGUCGCUGCUGCUGAGCAACAGGCAAAGUCGAAGAAGGGUCCUUCCAAACGAGAACGCCAGGCCCGCAUCCGAGCACAUUGCAUCCACGUCCAGACACUCCUCUUCCACAAUGCCGUGCGCAACUCAUGGCUCAACGACACCGAAUUGCACAAGAUCCUACUCGACAGCCUCAGUCAAGGUGUCAAGGAUGAGAUCGAUCGUUGGGAAAUCAACAUGGGCAUGAAGCAGCCGCCACCUAAGAAGAAGCAGAAGGGAAAGAGCAAGGGAAACAACAAGGCCAGAGACUGGGGACAAGACGCCGAUAGACUCGAGCCUGGUGUACCGAACCUCAGCAGUGGAGAUCCUCUACUCAGACUACUGAAGGUCUUGACCGCCUAUUGGAGGAAACGCUUCGUCGUAACUGCUCCUGGUAUACGCAAACAAGGAUAUAUGCCUCAACGACACAUCACCUACGAGAUCAAGGCCUGGGCAAAAGACAAAUCCAACUUCGAACGCCACGGUGAGCGUAUUGAGAACGUUGAAGAGUUUCGCAAGUGUGCAAAGCAAUGUCGAGGUUCGCGGGAUGUUGGUGCUCAGCUCUUCACCGCUCUGAUUCGUGCUAUUGGCAUCGAGUCUAGAAUGGUGGCCAGUCUACAGCCUACUGGCUUUGGAUGGACCAAGGUCGAAGACGGCGAGCCUAAGAAGCCAGUCCCAUCUACUUCGAAGAACCCUGUCGAGAUCUCUGAUGAUGAGGGUCCUGCUGAAUCGCCAAAACAGAAGUCCAAGGCAAAAGCGAAGAAGCCGAUCAAAGCUGAGAAGCCUGCUCGUAAAUCUGUUCGCAAAUCCCAAGACGCUGUGGUCAAAGAUGAGUCUAGCUCACUCUCGGAUGUCCCGUCAGACGACGACGAUGAUGAUGCAUCAGUCAUCGACAUCACACCUGCACCACCACCAAAGAAUGUCAAGAAGUACGAUCGCGACCUGGCAUUUCCUCACUACUGGACAGAAGUCCUCUCCCCUGUUUCGAACAACUACAUCCCCGUCGACUCUAUUGUCUUGUCUACUGUUGCCAGUAAUCAGGAACUGAUAUCCACAUUUGAGCCUAGAGGAAAGCGUGCAGACCAGGCCAAACAGGUCAUCUGCUAUGUUGUCGCUCACAACCCAGACGCUACAGCCAAGGAUGUCACCAUCCGCUAUUUGAAGAAGCACCAACUGCCCGGCCGUACCAAAGGCUUCCGUAUGCCUGUCGAGAAGAUCCCUGUUCUGAACAAGCGCGGCAAGGUGAUCAAGACUGAAGACUAUGACUUCUUCAAGCGCAUCUUGUCACCCUUCGUUCGUCCACAGAACAAGCGUACUGCAGCAGACGAUGUUGAAGAGUCCACGGACCUGAAGCCGUUCAAGCCAGCGACCGAAAAAGCGAAAGUCGCAACCGAGUCAUUGCAGUGGUAUAAGCAAAGUGCCGAGUUUGUGCUCGAACGCCAUCUACGUCGUGAAGAAGCAAUCCUCCCCGAUUCUGAGCCGGUACGAACAUUCACCUCAGGCAAAGGCGACAAGGAGAAGUCAGAACCUGUCUACAAGAGAGCUGAUGUCGUGAACUGCAAAACCGUCGAGUCAUGGCAUAAAGAGGGCCGUCAAAUCAAGGUUGGUGAACAACCUCUCAAGAUGGUUCCUGUCCGUGCAGUCACUCUCAUGCGCAAGCGUGAGAUGGAGGAAGCCGAACGCGAAACUGGUGAGAAGCUCAAGCAAGGUCUUUAUGGUAUUGACCAGACUGAAUGGAUCAUUCCACCACCUAUCGAGAACGGUGUUAUCCCCAAGAACGCGUACAACAACAUCGACGUAUACGUACCAUCAAUGGUACCAAAGGGUGCUGUCCAUAUCCCUCUCCGCAGCACUGCAAGAAUUUGCAGAAAGCUAAACAUCGACUAUGCCGAAGCUUGUACCGGUUUCGAGUUCGGCAAGCAACGUGCAGUUCCUGUCAUCACUGGUGUUGUUGUGGCUGUUGAGCACGAGGACGCUGUCAUCGAUGCCUGGGAGAUUGAGGAAGCAGAACGCAAACGUAAAGAAGAUGUCAAGAGGCAGGCUACUAACCUGCAUCUGUGGCGCAAGUUCCUCAUGGGUCUGCGUAUCGUCGAGCGUAUCAGAACUGAUUAUGCCGACCGGCCCAAUGAGGUUGACGAGAUCAAUCCCUUCGUCAACCGAGACAAGCAGAAGAAGAAGACACCUAGAGAUGAGAUGACAAUGGGUGGUGGCUUCUUGGUCUCUGAAGACGAAGCGGAAGACGCGAAACCUGAAGAGCACAAGGAAGAAGACACAGACCUUAAUCUCGGUGGUGGCGGCUUCAUGGCUGAAGAUGAGGAAGAGGAGGACACGAAAGCAGAAGAUUUGGACAUCGAAAUGGGUGGUGGUGGCUUCCUAUUUGACGAAGAAGACGCAGAGGAAGAGAAGAAGCCUGUUACCAGUUCACACUUCGCACCCAUGUCUCUAGCAGCCGCGCAUCGUCAAGCUCAAUCUUCAGACGCAGAACCCAUUAAGGAUGAGGAAGACAGCGACGAAGAGAUUGAAGCUGAAGAACUGCCUACCCAACGUCGCAAACCACGUACCUCAACCUCUGCUGCAGUUAAACCAAAAGCAAAGCCGAAAGCAGCACCAAAGGCGAAGCCAGCACCGAAAGCAAAGCCUACACCCAAACGUCCUGCCAGGAAGAGCAAAGCCACCACAGUAGAGUCCGAAGACGAGGCUGAAGACGAUGAGGACGAAGCCGAGCAAAGCUCAGAAUUAUCCGACCUUACAGACGCAUCCGAGGACUCUGCACCUGCACCCGUCAAGAGACGCAAUUCUUCACCUCGCGUUGUGAUAUCACCUCGUAAGAACAGAGCUGUCAAGAAAGAGGUCAAGAGUCCUUAUUUCUCACAUACCGAGGACGAUGGCGGCGGCGAGGAAAUGGAUGACGAAGAUGAGCAAGAGAGUGAAGAAGAAGUUGUAAAGCCUAGGAUGACUACGAGACGUACCAGAGGAAAGGCUUGAAUGUUCAGUUCUUGAAGAGGUGGGAUGGAAUUGGUGGGUGAAACUUGCUUUUUUCUGUUAAUGAGGUUUAUGAGAUGAGAUACCCAUG